GGAAGUUCUAUCCUAUGGUUCACCUACAUGGUUAGAUAUCAUAAACGUUUAUUUGGACCAUAGGAUAGUUCCAUUCCUUGUUUCUGUGAGAGGUUUAGUCAUCAACAAAACUAAAUACUUAAGAGAGGCAUUGCUUCCAUUCACCAGCGCAGACUCAAAGUGCUCUCUGAACCGUGCUGGAUAGUCACCCAUCACACGGCCCUCAAACCUAACCUGUGAUGGAUCCCGAGAGACAGUCAAAGGGAAUGAAGUGUUUUAUUGCGUGCGUCAGGUGAGUAAAACCAUCUAUUGUGAAGGAAAGAACAUUGAAGAGGUUGUAAAUGGCUUAUGAGAGAGAAGAGGGAAAUCUUGGGGUGGGGGAUUAUGCUUUUAAGUAUAUAUGAUAGUAUAUGUAAAGGAAAGAACAAUAAAGAGGUCGUAAAUGGCUUAUGAGAGAUAAGAGGGAAAUGUAGGGCUGAAGGAUUGUGCUUUUAGGUAUAUACUCCCUCUGUCCCUGAAAUAACUUUCCACUUUCCUUAUUUGGUUGUCCCUAAUUUAACUUCUCAUUUCCUUAAAUGGAAAGUGUAAGUGGUUGAAAUGCCUUAAAUACCCUCAACAACUUACUCCCUCAUUUACUCCACCCACCGCAUAUUCUACCUAUCCUUUGCACGUCUCUCUCCUUUCUUCAUCAAACUCUCUCUCUCUCUCUUCUUUCUUCAUCAUACUCUCUCUCUCUCUCUCUCUCUCUCUCUCUCUCUCUCUCCCUUCUUCAUCAAAGUCUCUCUAUCUCUCUGGUUCUUGGAUGGCCUCCACUGAUUCUGCGAAUGUGUUACCAGCACCGGCUGAAUCUAAUAAGUUGCCCAAUACUGAUUUGAACACUGGUGCAACAAACCCUAAGCUGACUAGGGAGGUGGUGACCAUUCUGAAUCUGACUCCGACCGUCGAUGAGGACGAAAUUGAAUCUGAGACAUGCAAGGGGUGGAGGACUUCGGAAACUGAUUCUGGAUGGGCUAUACGCAAGAAAUGGGGAUCCGAUUGCACGGAGGACACUACGAGGGAUUUCCAUACUCAGACGGGUAAGAAGUCACCUCAAAGCCCCCAUGGUCUCCAGAUCCAUUAGACCAUGUGUUCGGUUACGAUCAUCGUCGUCCUUGGAUGCCGUUUUCUGAGGGAAGCCUGUAACCUAGUCUCGUUUUCAUUAAGUUGUGAUGUAUGGUGGUUGCUUAAUGUUUUAUUGUUGUUAAAAACUCUUGCUGAACUGAUGCGUGUGAUGAAUACAAUUUCUGUUGUUUUGGUUUAACCAUGUAUGCGUCAUUUGCCUUUUCUUUAGUUCAUGUUCCCAUUUUGCCUUAUAUCAAUGUAAUGUAGCCUCUGUUAUGCAUCCUUUGAUUCAAAUCAGUGUGAUGUAGCCUCUCUUUUACCUGAUUGUGUUGAUUACCAUGGUGAUUGACCUCUAUGAUGCAUGCUUUGAUUCUAAUCAGUGUGAUGUACCCUAAAUUGUGCCUGAUUGUGUUGAUUACCAUGGUGAUUGACCUCUAUGAUGCAUCCUUCGAUUCAAAUAAGUGUGAUGUAGCCUCUCUUUUACCUGAUUGUGUUGAUUACCAUGGUGAUUGACCUCUAUGAUGCAUGCUUUGAUUCUAAUCAAUUUAAUGUACCCUAAAUUGUGCCUGAUUGUGUUGAUUACCAUGGUGGUUGACCUCUAUGAUGCAUCCUUUGAUUUAAAUCAAUGUGAUGUAGCCUCUCUUUUGCCUGAUCUGAUUGUGUUGAUUACCAUGGUGAUUGACCUAUAUGAUGUACCCAAACUUGAGUGUGAUUGUGUUGAUUACCAUGGUGAUUGACAUAUAUGAUGUACCCUAAGUUGAGUCUAAUUGUGUUGAUUACCAUGGUGAUUGACCUAUAUGAUGUACCCUAACUUGUGUCUGAUUGUGUUGAUUACCAUGAUGAUUGACCUAUAUGAUGUACCCUCUUUUUUGCCAGAUUGUUAUGUCUUAUUAGUCUAUAUGAUGCAUAACUUCAUUGAAAUUCAAGGAGUUCAAAAACCACCAUAGGGCCUACACUUCAUUCUGCCAUCUGCCCUCUUCAUUUCUUUCAGCCAUGGGACAGUUCGGCUGCACCCUAAUUGUUCUUGUAGUUGUAGUUGAGGUAGUAUAAAUAGAAAUGGGUGGAGGGAAAAUUUGUAAUUGGGUGAAUAGUUAAUUUUUUGGAGGGAAACUUUGAAAACUUGUGUGGUGAUUAGUAGUGUAGAAGGUCAAAUAGAUGUAAAUGUAAUGAGUGUAUAACCUUUCCAUCCC